ACUCCAGCAGAAGCUCAUACACUUUUAGUUUGUUGAAGUCCUUGACUGCUACACUCUCUGAUUCUUGGCAUGAAUUUGGAAAUGACUUUUGAUGACCUCAAAAUGAAGCCUGGGAAGGAUCAGCCUGACCAGAAGUUAAAUGGAGAAAGAGCUAAAGGUUUUCACUUUCUUACUUCUCGGUGGUGGUGCCCUGCUGCUGUAACUCUGGGGAUCCUUUGCAUGGGAUUAUUGGUGACCAUCAUAAUGCUGGGGAUGCAGUUAUUUCAGGUGUCUGAUCUCCUCAAACAAUACCAAGCCAACCUUACACACCAGGAAAUCAUACGGGAGGGACAGAUUUUAGCUCAGCAGCAGGCAAAAAAUGCUUCUCAGAAGUCACAGGAGGAACUCAAGGAAAUGAUAGAAAUCCUUGCCUUGAAGCUGGAUGAAAAAUCCAGAAAGCAGAUGGAGCUUCACCAGCAAAAUUUGGAUCUCCAAGAAGCUCUGAAGAGAGUGGAAAACUUUUCAGGUCCUUGUCCCCAAGAUUGGAUCUGGCAUGAAGAAAGCUGUUACCUAUUUCCCUCUGGACUAUUUAAUUGGGAAAAGAGUCAAGAGAACUGCUUGUCUUUGGGUGCCCAAUUGCUGAAAAUUAAUAACACUGAUGAUCUGAAUUUCAUCCAGCAAGCAAUCUCCCAUUCCAGUUUCCCAUUCUGGAUGGGAUUGUCACUGAGGAAACCCAACUACACAUGGCUCUGGGAGGAUGGUUCUCCUUUGAUGCCCCACUUGUUUAGACUCCAAGGUGCCGUUUCCCAGAUGUAUGCUUCAGGCACCUGUGCAUAUAUACAACGGGGAGCUGUUUUUGCUGAAAACUGCAUUUUAGUUGCAUACAGUAUAUGUCAGAAGAAGGCAGUUCUACUGAAAGCACUAUGAAUUUGAAGGAUCUGGAAAAAAAGGUCUUUUAUUCUGGAAGUUAAGCUACUCUUCAUCUUCACUUACGUACAAACCAUGAGAGCCCUGAGAACUGCAGUGAUGAGCUGGCUACAGAAACUGACUGGGGUUUUUCAGAAACGAAGACUAGGAAUCCAGCUGCCUAAUGCCUUUAGAUCCAGAGUUGUAGAUUCACUUUAUUUGUCAUCUAUCUAUCUAUCUAUCAUCAUUGUCUGACAUUUUUCAGCUAGUGUGUCCCAAGCCUCCUUGCUAAUUUUCAAACCUUCUUCCAUUUUCUAUUUUAAAAUUUGGCUCCUCUCCAAUCUUGGGAACCAUCUGCUCAAUUUUCUCUGCCUUCCCCCACCCCCUUCUAAUACUGCAUAGAAGACAGAACAUAGAGAACUUACCCAACUAUAGACAGAAGGCAAAAAAAA